AACGGAGGCGACGCGAAAACGUACAUAGAGAACUGUGGGAUAGCAAUUACAAGAAGGAAAUGAAUAUUUAUAUUUAGGCUUCCUUCGCAUUUCCAUCGAGACGUCAUUCAAAAUGGAAUAUUUAAGGGAAAAAAUGCACGAUUCAUUUUUAAAACGACGAAACGUAUCGGAUUAUGUGGAUUUACAUAAAGAUUUUGUUUUGGAAUGUAAAUUCCGCAUUCAUAAUUAAUGCCUUCGAUGCCCGCAACAUUUUUAAAAUGUCCGAGUGAUGUGGUGAAUGGCGGAUUUGUACUUUUCCUUAACGUUUAAUUGAUUGACGUGUCAUAGUUGGUUCGGUAGUGUCUUCACACGUUCAUGAAUACAAACCAAUGCGGCACGAUCAAUUAUUCAUUAACGUGAAUUAUUGGCAGUUAUUCCUACGUUCUGACUCAAGAUAUGCACAUUUAACUGAAAAAUGUUACAUUAAUUGCAGAAACUUCCCAUAAAACGUUUUUUUUUGUUAUUUUAAAUUAAAGAUUUGCCGGUAAAUUCUAUAAUAAAAUCUCUAAUGGAAAUACAUGCGUAAAACAAUACUUAUUGUGUUGCCUUAAUGGUUAUUAAUUUGUUAUUAUUAACUGUACAUUGCUUGGUUAUUUAAUAUUCUAAUCAGCAAUGGAAGUUGUACAUGAGGUCUUUCAACGGUCUCUGACAGACACAAUCUAAUUGUUUGUUGUAAAUGCUUCAGGAGUUAUUUAACGUAAAUAUUUGCGAUAAAAGUAAUUUAUUGUAGUCACCAAUAAGAAUAUAUUAAUUUAAGUGUUGCACGUGCUACCUUAAUGAACUUUUUAAUGGUUCUUAGAAUGCUUUUCAUAAGCCGGUACAAUUUAAAUAACAACCAACUGAUUAUUUAAUAUUUAUUGCAUAAAUUCCUGGUAAUUUUAUAUUAAUUAUAUUAUUGUAUUACACUCAAACACGAUGGACUCGAGAGUAACCAUUUUGGGCGGCGAAAAGUCCGAAUGGACGGAAGAAAAUGUCAAGGCCAAACUGUCACAUGUUCGGCUCGUUUCUGCGCAAAGAAGGUUUCCACAUUGUCGCCAGUGCGCAUAGUGUUUAACAGAUGGCGCCACCAUCGCUCGAUUACAUUUGAAUUCAAAACAAUAGUGAUGAUGUGAAGAAAAAGUGUGACCAAAAUUAAAACAAAAAAAAAAAAACAAAAAAUCUCGAGGACAAUUUCACCAGUUGCCCCCAACAACAGUAAUACACAAAUUUUAUUUAUCCAAACUCAUCAUGUUUGGAAUCAAGUCGGCAGACUGACAGUUUCGAAAUGCCAAAGCUGUAGCUUAACGAUGAACAGAUUUGAUCGUAUGUCCGGACCCAUCGGAGAGUCCGAGCAGAUCAGAAUCAUCAACAGAUUUCGCAACAAGUUCCUGACUUACUGCCGCAAACAUGACCACCUCAAAGACGACCAGCGGGAGCUCAAAUUGCACGAAACGGAGAUCGUCUAUAGCAUGACUGAAAUGUUACGUCUGUCCAGCCGACGGUUCCUUGACAUAUUGCUGAAAACGGAAAUUCCCAUCUACUACAACGACAUGCUUCGUUUUGGUAAGCGGUCAUUUAUAUUGAGAGUAUCCCAGUUCUACAUACAGCUGACCGCCCUGAACGGGGACGCGUUCGAUCCCAAGAUGAAGAAAUUCGUCGAUAUUUCCAUGGACAACGGUCUUUUCACCUGGUGCGUUGAUACGUUGCGUGGCAACAUGUACGAUCUGGCUAUUGAGGUUAUGGUGAUUAACUUGAUGAGGAACUUGCAAAAUGUGAGUGUUGAAAAAUUUGCCGAAUGCGACAAAGAACAUGCUCUGAUGGACUGGCUGUUAAAGAAAUUAUCUGAAGUAUGCCUGUUCCGACAAAUCCAAUUGGGUCUGCUGAUAUUUUAUUUGAUCCAUCCGAAUUUGAGGAACCGGGUUGGGUUCGCGAAAAUGGGGGGGUUGCUUAUAUUUUCCAAACGGAUCACACACUACGUACUAAUGGAGCCAAACGACAUACAAGAAAGGGAAUAUGUGGCUUUAUUGUAUGCCGUCCUAGAAAUUGUACUCCAACACGACGAAAGCCGAAUAAUCUUCGCCAAAUCGAACAUCAUCGAAAAAUUCGCCAUAAUCAUGGAGUCGGGGGCAUACGCAGGUUACUAUUCAUUGAAAGCAUUCAACACAGCCUUACGUGGCAAAGAGGGAAUGGAGGUGUACAAAGUGCUAGUUCCCAAUUUAAAUUCAGUCAUCAAGUUCAUGAGCGAACCGUUCAACGAAGACUUAAUGGAGGGAACCGAUUUUACUUUGGAAGAAUUCGAGUAUUACACCACAUCAAUACUUUACAACAUGCUCAGAAUAUCGAGACGCCUCAACUCCGCAAGAAUCAUCAACAUAUUCAAAAACAACAUGACGCCACUCCUUCAUAUUUUAUUGUUGCAUUCGAAGUAUUUGAAAGCCGUGAACGGGCCGCGUAAUGAGGAACUGAAGAUUCAAGCUUGGGGCACCUUGCAAUAUGUCGAUGGUAUUUUGCUGCAACUGACCGUCGAUCCAGUACUGAAGGUGCGCGUAUUGAAUCAUUUGGCGUGGAACAAAUGGCAGAGUCAUUUUCUUACCGAUGGCGUACUGUUUAUGCUCAGCACUUACGCCGAGCUGAAGUACGAGGACCAUAAAUGGGUUGGACAGGAGCAAAUGAGUUUACUGGAAUUAGCCGAUUCGUUCUAAUUGUGCCAUAAUUUAUUCAUUUAUUUAUUGUUCGUUUAAUGUUUCAUGAAUAUACGUUAAUAUUCUUA